AUGGCACUUAAGGGGCAUUUUCGGAAUCGAGGCGACCAGACGAAUUCAAUGGACCUGGUUCCGGCAAUAUCGGCCGCUGCCUGCACGACGGCCUCGUACGUGUGGAAGGUGAACAGCACGACGACCAGGGCAAUGAUCGCACAGAAGGUGAUGGGCGUCGCUAUGAGUCCCGUGCUGAGGGCGGCGAGCUUGGUCCAGCCGAGGCGGAACUCCCGCACCCGCGCCGCUGUCACGUCGCCGUGGCUCAGCUCCUGUGCAAAUCGUCCCAAAUCGCAGCAUGAGUCCCAAGGAGGUUGUUUCCAGUCCCUGCCGAUAGUAUGGAUUCCUCGCCGCCCAGACAGUUGGCUGCACCGUAUUAUUUGUCGUACCAUACACCUGUUCGGUCGGAACACCAACGGUAUCUGACGGCAAUCCAGCGAAGCUCUGAAUGCGCUCGAGGAUUCGAACUUCAGUGCUUUGUGUGGAAGAUCAAGUCAUAGUUGACUUAUUGAACUAGUAAGAGUCAAGGACUCCCAGCCCGAGCUUCCGCUUCCUGUUCUGUUCAAAUAAACAUCCUUAUUUAUGAAGACAAUGUAAAGGCCCUUCAGUGAUUAUACUAUCAUAAUAAGCAAUAUUCAAUUUUGUGUAGGUCACACUUAUCCCAUUUAAUUUGAAGUACUGUUUAAUUCUGUUAUUCUGUUAUUCAACUUAAUUAACAUUGUCUUCAUACAUUGUCAGGAAAGUGUACUAUGUCAAGAAACAUUGACUUAUUCUUUACUUGAUCAAAAUUCUGAAUGCACUGAUAAGGGAAUAUUGUGGACAAGAGCAUGUUUUCGACACGUUUCAACAAUAAUAUUUAUUUAUUAAUUAAACAACCCUUACAAAAUAUCAAUUUAACUGCAGCACCACGAUU